AUGUUGUUAGCAUAUGUUACUUGUAAUGAAAACAUCGAGAAGAGGAUUCUUCUGAGCGACCCCGCCUACUUGCAACAACAAUUAGCCCACCUUCAAGGAGAAUUACAGACCUUACAGGCAAAAGUAGAGGCACAGACGAGUGAAAUAUCCUCACUAAAACAGGGAAACAGUUUUAGAGGCGGGUCCAUAUUUGUCCGCUGGGGACGAACAGAUUGCCCUGCCAACCUUACCGAACUUGUGUAUUCUGGUUAUGCGGGCGGUUCUUGGUAUGCUCACAGUGGAGCAGCCGCUGACCAACUUUGUCUACCUCCGGAUCCAGAAUGGUUAAACACAACAGUUGUACCAGACGAUUACACAGGGAGGCUGUACGGUGCGGAGUACGAUUCUAAUAACGAUCAUGCAUUCUUUGGAUCAAAAUCACACGACGAAGAGAUUCCCUGUGCUGUCUGUAGAUCUACCUCUUUUGUCUCCUCUGUGAUGAUACCGGCGAGGACAUCAUGUUACAGUGGCUGGACGAAGGCGUACAGUGGGUCAUUGGCAUCAGGCUACUAUGGUUAUGCCGCUGCUACCGAGUAUGUCUGUGUAGAUGAACACGCACAACCUCUUGCAGGAGGAGCAGAUAGAGAUGAUAACGGUGUGCUAUUUCUUGGUGUCAAGGCGUUUUGUGGUUCUCUGAGAUGUCCCCCGUACGAGCAAGAUAAAUAUAUAUCUUGUGUAGUUUGUUUGAAAUAA